AUGCUAUUCAACAUCCCACACUGCAAAUCACAAGCUCCUGUAACCGCCGCCGCCGCCGUCGCAGCUAUCUCCAGCCCCCGCUUCUCCUCCGCGUCACUGCCCCUGCCCCUGCCGGCGCUGGUUCCGCCGCCGCCUCCAACUCCGCUGCCUGAGGAGAGCCCGUUCGCCGCGCUGCUCGCCUCUGAUCCCGCGCCGCCUGAGCCUCUCCGCCAGGUGCUCGCCACGGGCGACGUCCACGCCGCGCUCCGCGGCCUCCCGGGCCUCGCGCGCCAGCUGUUCCGGUGGGCGGAGGCCACCCCGCGCGGCUUCCCCCGCUCCGCCUCCGCGUUCGCCGCCGUCCUCGUCCCGCUCGCCCACGCCAACCACAUCCGGGCCGCCUACCCCGUCUCGCUCCGCGCCCUGCACCUCGGCCUCCUCCUCCCUGUCCUGUCGCUCCUCCUCGCCGCUCCUCUAUCUCCCGCCCUGCGCUCCCUAUUGAGCCUCCUCCUACGCCUGUCCGCCAAGUUCUCGACGGAACGCGAGGCUCGUGACGCCACGCCCGCCGCCUGUUCGACGCUGUGCCUCGCCGCCUUUCGCGUGGUGGCGGGCCACGGCGUGGCCCCUGAUGUCAGGGACUGCAACCGCGUGCUGCGCGUGCUCCGUGACGCGGCCAGGUGGGACGACGUCCGUGCUGUAUACGGAGAGAUGCUCCAGCUCGGGAUUGAGCCGACCAUUGUCACAUACAACACUUUGCUGGAUUCUUUCCUGAAGGAGGGGAGGAAGGACGAGGCUUCCAUGCUGCUCAAGGAGAUGGAAACCCAGGGGGGUGGUUGCUUGCUGAAUGAUGUCACGUACAAUGUGGUGAUUAGUUUCUUGGCCAGAGAAGGUCAUCUGGAGGACUUGGCGAAGCUGGUUGACAGCAUGCGGUUGUCAAAGAAAGCCUCAUCCUUUACCUAUAACCCACUUAUCACUGCGUUGCUUGAAAGGGGUUUUGUACAAAAGGUUGAAGCUUUGCAGAUGGAGAUGGAGAAUGAGGGCAUUAUGCCUACAGUGGUGACAUACAAUGCCAUCAUUCAUGGGCUGCUUAAAAGUGAGCAGGUAGAGGCUGCGCAGCUGAAAUUUGCGGAAAUGAGAGCAAUGGGCUUACUGCCAGACCUGAUCACGUACAAUUCUUUGCUAAAUGGAUAUUGUAAGGCAGGUAACUUGAAGGAGGCUCAUUGGUUGCUUGGCGAUUUGAGGCGUGCAGGUUUAGCGCCAACAGUUUUGACAUAUAACACUCUUAUAGAUGGUUAUUGUAGAUUAGGUGAUUUAGAGGAAGCUAGGAGAUUGAAAGAGGAAAUGGUAGAGCAGGGGUGUUUUCCUGAUGUUUGUACAUAUACAAUUCUCAUGAAUGGUUCACAUAAGGUGAGGAACCUUCCUAUGGCAAGAGAGUUCUUUGAUGAGAUGCUGAGCAAAGGUUUGCAGCCAGAUUGCUUUGCCUAUAACACAAGGAUCUGUGCGGAGCUAACCCUAGGGGAUACUCGUAAGGCUUUCCAGUUGAGUGAGGUGAUGAUGUUGAAAGGAAUAUACCCCGAUACGGUCACAUACAAUGUUAUAAUCGAUGGACUGUGCAAGACUGGUAACCUGAAAGAUGCCAAAGAUUUGAAGAUGAAGAUGGUCAGUGAUGGUUUACAGCCUGACUGUAUCACAUACACCUGCUUGAUUCAUGCGCACUGUGAAAGAGGACUCCUAAGGGAAGCAAGGAAACUUCUUAAUGGCAUGGUCUCAGAUGGUUUGCAACCCUCAGUUGUGACCUACACCAUAUUAAUUCACACGUGUUGUAGAAGAGGAAACCUUUAUUCAGCAUAUGGUUGGUUCCGGAAGAUGCUGGAUGCAGGAAUUGAACCUAAUGAAAUAACAUAUAAUGUGCUCAUACAUGCACUAUGCAGGACAGGCAGAACUCUGUUGGCUUAUCAUCAUUUUCACGAGAUGCUGGAAAGGGGAUUAGCGCCAAACAAAUACACAUAUACUUUAUUGAUAGAUGGGAGCUGUAGAGAAGGUAACUGGGCAGAUGCAAUAAGAUUGUAUUUUGAGAUGCAUCAAAAUGGUAUUCCUCCAGAUUAUUGCACACAUAAUGCAUUGUUCAAGGGAUUUGAUAAAGGCCACAUGUACCAUGCAAUCGAGUACUUGGAGAAUAUUGUUUUGGGGUGA